AUGGUUGAAUUGACAACUCCCGAAGCCACCGUGCUCGCUUCAACGACAUUGAGCGACGAUAUGUCCACCACGGAUGAUUCCCACCGACCAAGAAUUAGCGUUGAGGACAUCAGCCGAUCGUUGCAACGGUUCAACUGGCCUGACUAUGUGGUAUUUGUGCUGAUGCUCAUCAGUUGCAUGGUGAUCGGUGUGUUUUUCGGAUACAAAGAUCAUCAGAAGCACAAACGGCAGAAGCACGCACGGCGAGGAUCAGAAGCCUUGGACUAUCUGGUCGGUGGACGGAAGAUGAAAAUUAUACCGGUGUCAGUUUCACUAGUGGCAAGCUGGAUAUCAGGCAUCUCGUUGCUCGGUACAUCAACAGAGAUCUACGUUUACGGAGUGCAAUACUGUUACAUAGUGUGUGCAGUGGUUCUCAUGGGUCUUUUGAUGAACUACAUCUUCCUGCCUGUAUUUCACGAUCUGCAAAUCACAUCGGCCUAUGAGUAUCUUCAAAUGCGGUUUGACAAACGUAUGCGUUUAGUUGGUUCAAUACUGUUUACCUUGGCUAGUAUUUUAUGGCUACCAAUCGUAAUCUACGUCCCGGCACUGGCGUUCAACCAAGUUUCUGGUGUGAAUAUUCACGUGAUUACUCCAAUUGUUUGCUUGGUUUGCAUUUUCUACACAAGCCUGGGAGGUCUGAAAGCUGUCGUUUGGACUGACGUGAUACAAACUGGAAUCAUGGUGGGAGCAAUGAUCAUCGUCAUCAUCAAGGGAACAGCCGACGUUGGAGGUCUUAACGUAGUGCUCGAAAGAAAUUCAGCUGGAGGAAGAUUCGAACCACCCAACUUCAAUCUCGAUCCUACUGAACGGAACACAUUCUGGACCUUGCUAAUUGGAGGCACAUUCUUCUGGACGUCUACGAACUCUAUCAACCAGAACAUGAUGCAGCGAUACCUGUCGCUACCUUCGCUGGGAGCCGCACGGAAGGCUCUGGUGCUGUUUCUCGUUGGAACAACGACUUUACUGGCCAUGUGCUGUUAUAAUGGACUACUCAUUUUUGCCAUGUAUCACGAUUGCGAUCCCUUGUCGACAGGAUUGGCAAAGGCAAAGGAUCAGCUAGUACCGCUACUGGUAAUGGAAGUUCUCGGAGAGUACCCUGGUUUGGCAGGCUUGUUCGUGGCAGGUAUAUUUAGUGCUGCUCUUAGUUCUCUGUCCACCGCCCUCAACUCACUGUCCGCCAUUGUGCUGGAGGACUUUUGUAAGCCAUUUGUCUCGAAGCCCCUAACCGAAACGCAAACGAGGUACAUUAUGCGUUUGACUGUGCUAGCUUUCGGAGCGUUGGCCGUUAUGAUGGUGAUUGUAGUUGAGAAGAUGGGCGCCGUGCUGCAACUGUCGAUGAGCUUGGGACCCGUCACUCUAGGACCAUUGUUUGGUCUGUUCCUGAUGGGCUUCUUCUUCCCACGGAUUAACGGGACGAGUGCCAUCGUUGGUACGGCAGCAGGAUUGGCGUUAAUGUCGUACAUUGUCAUUCGGUCUCAAAUAUCGAUUGCCCUUAAAGAAAUAGUAUUUGCCGAAAAACCAGUUACCGUUGAAGGCUGUCAGUACGAGUUUGAACCGAAAAACGAAACGUUAUGGUCGAAUGGUUCUGCAUCGGGAGAAAAGUCGUUGCAUCAUGUGUCCUUUUUGUACUAUACGAUGAUCGGUUCGGUCGUACCAACGCUUGUGGGCUAUCUAUCCUCGUUCAUUUUGCCGCGCUCUAAAACCGACGACAUCGACCCACUGCUACUGGCACCGUUCCUGCGUCGGUUCCAUCGGUCUCACGAUAGUAAGACUAAUCACAUGACAGAGGUAGUGCACGAGUUCGAAUCCAAAGACAUACAGCUGUAGGAACACGAUGUGGUGCAGGUCGACGCUGCAGCUCCGUCCGCCACUAUCACUGUACAGUAAUUGAUAAAUUUAGUGUAUUAUUGAAAGAUAGAGAGUGAGAUUGAACCAUAGUAGUUGGUAAACCGAGCUUGUGUAACCAUAGUUACAACAAGAAAAAUGAUAAAAAUGCAUUAAAAUCUAAAAAAAAUAAUAAAACGAAAUAUGAAACAAAAAAGUAACACCUUCGUGUAGUUUUCCUGGUAUACUAAGUU